CGUGGUUUCUGACAAGUUCCUGGUUUUCAUCUGCUCUUGAAGACAAGAACUCUGUGUGUAACAGUCUUAAUUGGGAGCCCACAGUGAGACAAUCUGAAAUGAGAGCUGUCCACUUGCAGAGGAAGCUCUAGAGGCAGUAAAUGGGAGAUGGCAACAUAACCAUGAAAUGACGUAUGUGGAGUGCGACGUAACCCGAGGACAGCCUGUACAUGGCCUUUAUCGUGCUGAAAUAUGCCCCCUCUAUUCCCACUUUGCUGAUCAUCUGUAAAGAAAUACUUUGGCCACUUCAAGAUGACAAGCAUUCACUGAAAAUUACUUCAUUGAAAAGAAACUUCAUACAAAAAAUUUUUAAAGGCCGCUCCUUCAGAAGUUACAAAAUGUUGAAUUCCACCACCUCUCAGCCUCCUGCGGAGUCCUGCUCACAAAACCCCGUCAUAACACAGCAAAUCAUUCCUGUGCUUUACCUGCUGGUCUUCAUCGCGGGUGUGCUGCUCAACGGCGUGUCGGCGUGGGUCUUCUGCUACGUGCCCAGCUCCAAGAGCUUCAUCGUCUAUCUCAAGAACAUUGUGGUUGCCGACUUCCUGAUGAGCCUGACCUUCCCCUUCAAGAUCCUCAGUGACUCGGGCCUGGGCCCCUGGCAGCUGGGCGUGUUUGUAUGCCGGGUAUCGGCCGUGCUCUUCUACGUCAACAUGUACGUCAGCAUCAUGUUCUUUGGGCUCAUCAGCUUCGACAGAUAUUACAAAAUCGUGAAGCCUCUCCUGACUUCUUUCAUCCAGUCGGUGACUUACAGCAAACUCCUGGCAGUGACGGUGUGGCUGCUGAUGCUCCUGCUCGCUAUCCCCAACAUUAUCCUGACCAACCAGAGUGCUAAGGACGGCACACAUGUGAAAUGCAUGGAGCUUAAAAACGAACUGGGACUCAAGUGGCACAAGGCAUCAAACUACAUCUUCGUGGGUAUCUUCUGGAUUGUGUUCCUUCUGCUAAUCAUUUUCUACACUGCCAUCACGAGGAAAAUCUUCAAGUCCCACAUGAAGUCCCGAAAGAAUUCCAUUUCCGUCAAGAGGAAAUCCAGCCGCAAUAUAUUCAGCAUCAUGCUGGUAUUUUUUGUCUGCUUUGUACCUUACCACAUUGCCAGAAUUUCCUACACACAGAGCCAAACAGGAGCCCCUUUCAGCUGCCAGUCCAAGGAAAUCUUGUACUAUGUGAAAGAAUUCACUCUGAUACUGUCAGCAGCAAAUGUGUGCUUAGACCCCAUUAUUUAUUUCUUUCUAUGCCAGCCAUUUAGAGAAAUCUUGUGUAAGAAAUUGCACAUCCCACUAAAAGCUCAGCAUAACCCAGAAACUUCCAAAACCAGGAGGGGAAAUAUGAUGCACGAAAGCACAGAUACGCUGUGAUUUCCCACCUUUCAAAUGAGGUCCCUGUGUGCGUGUUAUAACUUUCAUUUACACAAUGAGAGGAGUAAAUGGAGGAAGGCCGUGAUAGUAAGCAUUGUCACUGAGCAUUACUCUCCAAUUAGUAUAAUAAUUAAAAUGUAAGUUUCCAUGCUUUUGUGUGACAUCAAAGAAAAAAUAAUACAUACAUUUUUCAAUCAUACCAAAAUAGAAGGUUUAAAUUAAACACUCAUCUGGUCAGUUAAUAUAGAAUUUUAAGCAGCAAAUAAGAAAAUAGACAGCAAUCAAGACAAUUCUCAGGGAUGUGUUUCCUCUCGAAAUGCAAUAAUUAAGUUAGUAAGUUAUGGGCAGUUUUUUCAACAGGAUUAUCAAGACCAACUUAAAGGCAGGCAACAGCUAGAGGCCUGUUGUAGUGAGGGAGUCAAGCUGUCUGAUUUGAAGGAGAAAAAGGAGACACCCACUGAUCUAUCUCAUGGCAUUUUCAAGGAAAGUAGAUAUAAAUUAUGUACUUUGCAAUAAAAAAUGUAAUUUUUUCUGAUAGUAUUUUGAGGAUGAUAUAAAUACAUUUUUAAUAACGUCCUCUGCAGAGAUUGGUUAAGCCACUUCAUGAGCCUGGUGUUCCAGUGUUGGAGUAUUUUUAAAAGUGGGCUCAAGCCCUGGCUGGUUUGGCUCAAUGGAUAGAGUGUUGGCUUGUGGACUGAAGGGCCCCAGGUUUGAUUCUGGUCAA